AUGCAACAAUGGCUACAGCUCUUUCCACGGCGAAGAGCUGUCCAGUCUGCUCUCGCCGUCGCAUCUCGACUGGCUGAACAACGUACCACUCGUUUCUCAUUUGCGCGAAAUUUCUCUACUAGCGGAUCUUUCAAAGCCGCAUACAGCAUACACGAUCCCUCCGAUGUCGAGAAGCGAAUUGCUGCUAUUCCAAUCGAUCGCUAUCGCAACUUCUGUAUUGUGGCUCAUGUUGAUCAUGGCAAGUCCACCCUGUCCGAUCGACUACUCGAAUUGACCGGCACGAUCCAGCCGGGUGGGAACAAACAAGUGCUCGACAAACUCGAUGUGGAGCGAGAAAGAGGAAUCACUGUCAAGGCCCAGACAUGCUCUAUGAUCUACAACUACAAGGAUGAAGACUAUCUGCUGCAUUUGGUCGAUACUCCUGGCCAUGUCGACUUCCGUGCUGAAGUGUCCCGCAGUUAUGUGAGUUGUGGCGGUGCUUUACUCCUGGUUGACGCCAGCCAGGGUGUGCAAGCCCAAACUGUUGCGAACUUCUAUCUUGCUUUCUCUCAGGGUCUUUCAUUGCUACCCGUCCUGAACAAGGUCGACUUGCCGCAUGCUGAUCCUCCCAGAGCACUCGAGCAGAUGAAGGAGAGCUUCGAGCUGGAUCCAGAGUCAGCAAUUCUCGUCUCUGCGAAGACAGGCCUCAAUGUUGAAGCUAUUCUGCCAAAGGUUAUUGAGACCAUUCCUGCUCCUACUGGCGACCGAAACGCACCUCUCAAACUUUUCCUCGUUGAUUCUUGGUACUCCUCCUUCAAGGGUGUGGUUUUGCUCGUGAGAAUCUUCGAGGGUCAGAUAAAAGCUGGCGAUCAGAUUGUUUCAUUUGCGACCGGCAGAAAAUACACCGUUGGAGAAGUUGGUAUAAUGUAUCCAGAUCAGACUCCCCAGUCCGUUUUGCGCGCUGGCCAGGUGGGCUAUAUCUACUUCAACCCCAGCAUGAGGAAGAGUCAAGAAGCAAAAAUUGGAGAUACCUACACCAAGGUUGGCUUUGAGCGCCAAGUUCAGCCUUUGCCUGGCUUCGAGGAGCCCAAACCUAUGGUCUUCGUUGCUGCCUUUCCUGUUGACCAAAGUGACUUCGAGCAUCUCGAGGACAGUAUCAAUCAGCUAUUACUGAACGAUCGAAGUGUCACAAUUCAGAAAGAAUCCUCGGAAGCUCUCGGUGCUGGUUUCCGCUUGGGUUUCCUUGGCACUUUACAUUGUUCCGUCUUCGAGGAUCGCUUGAGGCAAGAACAUGGUACAAGCAUCAUUAUCACCCCUCCCACUGUGCCGUUCCAAGUCAAGUACAAGGAUGGAAAGGAAUUGACAAUCACAAAUCCUGCCGAGUUCCCAAAUACAGAUGAAGCUAGACAGAAGAUUGAAGAGCUUCGCGAGCCCUACGUCAUGGCGACCCUCACCUUCCCCGAAGAGUAUCUCGGCCGUGUGAUGGAGAUCUGUGAAGCAAACCGUGGCGAGCAGAAGUCGAUGGAGUACUUUACUGCCACCCAGGUGAUCCUGAAAUACGAAUUGCCUUUGGCUCAACUCGUUGAUGAUUUCUUUGGCAAACUGAAGAGCACAACCAAGGGAUAUGCCACACUCGACUACGAGGAGGCCGAAUGGCGCCAAAGUAGUAUAGUCAAGUUGCAGCUACUCGUCAACAAGGAACCUGUCGAUGCUGUCUCGCGAGUUCUCCACCAGAGUCAGGUGCGUCAGGUCGGCAAGCAAUGGGUCGAAAAGUUCAAAGAGCAUGUUGAUCGACAGAUGUUCGAAGUGGUAAUACAAGCUGCUGUUGGCCGUCAAGUCAUUGCCCGAGAGACAAUCAAGCCCUUCCGAAAGGACGUGCUUGCAAAACUGCAUGCGAGCGACGUCUCUCGUCGUAGGAAACUGCUCGAGAAGCAGAAGGAAGGUCGUAAGAAGUUGAAAGCUGUUGGAAAUGUUGUAAUCGACCAUAGCGCUUUCCAGGCAUUCCUGGCAAAGUAG